AUGGACGAAUUUGUGGAAAAUCCUGGGGAUUAUGAAAUGGGCAUGGAGUCGGGUGGCAUCCAGAAGCGGCGUCCUUAUCUCAAGAAGUUUAUGCAGCCCGACUCGGAUGAAGAUGUGCCCGAUAUGCAGAAACUCUACAAUGUCCAGGAAUCCUGGCGUACAUUGCUCUCGUUGCCCACCUGCCAGAAGGUUAUGAUCACCGAUUCGGUACAAAAGGCGCUCAAAAUACAGGUGGGCUUGAAUGUAACCCAAGAGUUUCCAUGGAAGCAGCUGCAAUACAAGGACUUACGCGAUGUGCUCUUCGAGGAGCUGGAAAAUGCCGCUGAUCUUGUCAAGCUCUUCAAGGGUUUCAAUCCGGAGAAUUAUGUGCUGGUUGGUUACUGCCCAACGCUCACUGAGGCGGAGGAAGAUCCCCCCGAGGGUGAUCCCUUCAUCUUCUAUGUCAGCAGCAAGGACACGAAGCUGGCCAUGGGCAUCAUCCAGAACAUGGAAUCCUUUGAGCGUUGGCGCAUGCAGCGACGUCUCCGCAAGAAGCCUCGUCGUUGGGUCAGCAUGGGCACCGAGCAGGAGAUGACCAUAUUAGUGGAACACAUUCGAGACGCUCCAGUGGAUGUGGAAAUCCAGAGUGUCUAUCCCAUCCAACAGCCCCAACACGUCGCCUACGAGCGUCGCUUUGCACGUGAUGUCCGAGAUGGUGUCAUCGAGUUGUUGCCCAAUGAGAGCGUCAAGUACGACAACAUCAUCAAACGUCGCAUCUCAGUCGCGGUCCAGGUGGCUCCAGGUCGUGUCACUCAGGAGCAGCAGACCAAUCCCACGUUCCCCUCGAACGCCUGGUCGCAGUAUCUCUACGAGCUGGAUGAUGCAGAUCUUGAGCUGGAUGAAUCGGAUGUGGAGGAGGAAGAAGGCGGCAUUCGCAGCCGACCUGUCACACCGGCUCAGGAGGAAGUGGUGCAAAAACCGCCACCCGAAAUGUCUGACCAAAUGAAGUUGCUGCUGGAUACGCUUGAUUUCAAUCAGAUCGACAGCUAUCGCAAUGACUAUCAGCUGAUAUCCACCAACAAGGUGGUGCUUUAUUCCACUCCAUUUUUGCAGGAAUUUAUUUGCUUUGCCAACAUCUCAAAAAGCGACAAACGUUACGUGGCCAGCUGCGAUUGGUAUCCAUCGUUGUCCGGUUUAUUGGCCGUAUCCUAUGCUUUUAGCACUCCGGCAACCUCGGAUCUUGCCACCCAUAAUGUGAACUUUGUUCAACGAGCGGUUUUGGAACCGAAUCCGGUUUUACUCUGGAGUUUUUCUGACAAUCUGAACUAUAAGCUGGAGUUUGAGGCACCAUUUGAGGUCACCAAGUUGUCAUUUUGUCCAUUCAAUGGGGAUAUUUUAAUUGGUGGCUGUCAGAAUGGAUUGCUGGUUCUUUGGGAUCUGCAGGGUCGUUGUGAGCACCUCGAGGAGGAGGAAUAUUUGACGCCAGCUCAGGCCAAAUAUCGUGCCAUGAUCGGGGAGUUUCUUGACUGGACGCUCGACAUCAAUGAGGAGGUUGUGGUGGCACCAUCAAUAAUAUCUCCCUUGGAGAGCUCACCGACUGGCGCUAUAACUGGCAUCUACUGGCUAAGCAGACACUUCUAUUUAAACAACUUUGGGAAAGUCUUUACUGAUACGGAUAAACGUAAUCACCACAAGUUCUUCAUUACGUGCGCCUUUGAUGGCACCGUCAGUUUCUGGAAUCUCGAUUUCGAAACCUCCAAGAAGGAGGCGCAACAACGCGCCAAAAAUUUGCCCAAAGAGUUGACUCAAAAUGAGUCGGUGCUGAAAAACAAAACCAUAAAACCCGUAUACAGUCUCUCGUACAACGAACCAUUGACUGGAAUCAUAGCAGAUACUUCAGUUUUCUCCAUUCAGACACCAUCUCCCAAGACUAUCUACAACUCGCCAGCCAAUUACCCAAUUACCAUGGUGGCCAAGAAUCCUCCAGAGUUGCGUCAAUCCAUAAUAUUGUCCACUUACUAUGGACACAUUAUCCGCGUCGAGUGGCAGGGAAUGUACAGUGAGGCAGGUGCCAAGGAACAGGUCAACAGCACCGCAAACUUCGCCAUGGUCCAUGAUGGACCCAUUGUGGCUGUGAGCAAAAAUCCCUUCUAUCCGGAGAUAUUUGUCUCUAUAGGACGCUCGGUAUUUGCUCUGUGGAAGGAGGACUAUCACGAUUCUCCUAUAAUAUGGCGCAAGCGUCCUUGUGAAUUGACUGCAGUUGCCUGGAGCGAAUCGCGUCCUGCAGUUCUUUACAUUACUCGCAGUGAUGGCAUUCUAGAGGCAUGGGAUAUUCUGGCUCGUGAUGAUGAUGCUGUGCUGACGGAGGUGUUGGGCGGUGGCAUCAUCACAGCCGUCACAGAGCAUCGACCAUCGCUGCCCAGCAAGAUUCUGGGCAUUGGAGACUACAACAGCAGCAUUCGCAUGGUCAAGCUGCCUCACAGUUUUGAUGUGCCACUGGACAACGAACUUGCCAAAUUGGUGAAGUAUGUACUCAGACAAAUCAGCCGUAAACAGAGCAUUCGCGCCUGGGAACAAAAGUAUUAUGAACUAAACAAGGACAUCAUUGAGGCAAAGCGGGAGGCUGAGGAGGAAGCACGCAAGGAAAUGGAGCGUUUGGAGCGGGAGCAGCAAAAUACACGAAAGCGUCCAUCCGACGCGGAAGAAGAGACCGGAGGAAAAGGCAAGAAGUUAGGUGGCGCCCCCUACAAUGAGCGCAUGGCCCAAAAGUUUGAUGAACUGAAUCUAAAUCGAAUGAUGACCAUUUUGAUGUCCCGCAAGCAAAUGGACCCCGAGAAAUUGGCACGUGAAACGGCACUGGAAAAGGAACGUCUCAGCUAUGAAACCGCUAAAAAAGAAUCUCACGCCAGACUUCUACAAACAGUUGAUGAUGAUGUGGCAACAAUACGUUCCCGUAUCCUGCCCGCCGAGAUACCGGACAUGCAACGCAGCGAGAUGAUUGCAGAACGUGUUAAGAACGAAUUGGCCAUGGCCCAGUCCUAUGAGAGUGUCUGCGAGGAAGCCUUCGAGAAGCUCAAAAACUUUCCCGAGCUCAAGUCAGUUGAUUAUAUUGAACUUCUUGAACGUGGCAUGCAGCGUCGUCAGCUUCUGGAUCAAUCUCUGGGAGGAAACACCGAUCGCUUAUUGUGGUACAAGGAAAAAUUGCGUGAUAACCAAAUCUUUGAAUGUGACUUUGGUGUUGAUCUUCUUUAUAACCGACGCCCCUUGGGACCAUUUCCUAAAGUAUCCUCCUCUGAAGAGAGUCAAGGAGUAGAGGCUGAGAUCAAGGUGCUGGAAGAAGUGGAGCCUGAGGAUGUUUAAUGAAGGUGUUUAAGCAUUUAAAGAACUCUAUAAAUUGUAA